GAGUUGGUAAACAAUUUCUGGAAGAAGGUUCAUUCAACAAAAGAGAUCUUAAAAUCAAACUGGGAUGCUCAAAGUUUUGAAAAAAUCGAUAACAAAACUACAAAAAAAAUAGCCAUUUUCUUUGAUGAAUCUUCUGCCCUUCUUGAUAUUAAAAUAAAUCAAGCUUAUAAAGAUAAUCAAGAUAAUGAUAAUAAACCUUUUCGAGCAAUUCGCCGAGCUUUAUAUUUCUUUUCAAAAUAUGCUUAUGGCAUUCUUACUGAUACAAAUUCUUCUGUUGCUAAUCUUGCACCAUCAAAAGAUAAAGACAGUUCAGCAAGGAAAUAUGAUCGUAAUAUUCACAAACCAUUUAUUUACAUAGUAACACAGGAUUGCUUAAGUGGCAUAGAUCAGAUUCCAUGUGAUGAAGAUAUCUCAGCACAUGAUAUUAUUCAGUUUGGUAGGCCUCUUUGGGCAUCUAAUUGGAUAGCUAGCAAACACUCAGAUAAUCAAUUUAAAUUUCGUGAUGUAAUAAAUCUUGCAAAAACCAAACUUCUUGGAAGUACCUCUAGUUGGGAUAGAGGUAAAUUUAAUAGCCAAUGGAAGAGGACUGUCACUCUUGCAUUAAUUGCAUGCACUGCUGCUUUAUAUGUCUCUCCAGCAUCAAGCAUUGCACCAGAACUUGUUAGAGCACAUAUGGCUACUCUGAUUGCAAUUGAUAAAGAUUAUGAAAAUUAUAUUAUCACAUAUCCUUCUGAACCUAUACUUUCAGAGGCUUCAUUGGAAUUAAUGUCAGAGGGAAAUAUUUGGAAAGAAGUUCUUCAAGAAUUAGAUUUCACUUUUCGAUCAGGUGGUAUUCUUGAUGCUGGCAGUCAAGGUGAACUUGCUGUAAGGUUAUUAUUGUUGAAUGCUUGGCAUCAUUUGAUCCUCUCAAAAAAGUCAAUUAAUUCUAAGGUGGUAUUUUCUUCUCGAUUUUCAGUUAUUGAUUUCCUUCAAGAACUUUUUGGUGAUGCAUUUCCAAAAGAAAAGUUUUCACACUUCAAUGAUUUUAUGUUAGGAUUUACACAUUUCAUUCCAGUCACAUAUGUACCAGUUAAAGAAGAUCUUAUUUCAAUCUAUAAACGACGUGGUGCUGUGUUAUGUAAAAGAAAUCAAAAAGGCAUAGAUUUAAUUAUUCCAAUUAUGUGUAAUAAAAAUGUUAAGAAUCAUGCACACAGAGACAGUAAAAUAAAAUAUGAACUUGGAUCUCCACUUUCAUCAAAUAUUAUAUUUGAAGAUAGUUUAGCCUAUGAGUUAAAAGAUAACAAUUUAGGUUUAUUACUACAUGUUGGUUUGGCAUAUAUUAAUAAAUCCUCAUUAGAGACAUAUUACUAUGAUGAAGAACAUAAACAAUUUAAUAAUCCUUCAUCAUAUGACCUUCGUAGUAUAUCUAAUUUUACAUAUGACAUAUCCAAACAUAAUCGACUUGUUGCUUGUGGCUUAGAUUCUUUUAACAUCACUACAGAAUAUAAAAUAAUCUUUCAAAGUCUUUUACAUUCAUGGACUGAUCCAAUUCGAUUUGUUAAAGAGAAAAAUAAUGUUGAACAAUUUUUAUAUCAAAUGAUGCCUUGUACAUAUUCCAGAAAAAGGUAA